GCUCCUUUUGCCCCGGACCGAUGCCACAUUGCCCCACAGAAGCCCCGGGGAACGAGACGAAAGGAGUUUUGAGUUCCGGGCUCGACGGGACUGCCGAUGUCCUCGGCUGCCUGGAUAUAUAGAUGGCCAUUGUGGAGCACUCUGCUGGAUGACAUGUGCGCUCAUCCAAGCCUCAGCUCCAGCCGAGAACCAGAGACACCGGCGACACGAUGCUCGCGGAAACUGUCCUUGCCGGCCUGUUGCUGGCUUCUGGCGCGGCGGCCGCCGCGACACCCGGAGUGGUCAUCCAGAAGUGCAGCAACCCGGGGAUGCUGGCGCUCGCGUACGACGACGGCCCGUACCAGUACACGUCGCAGCUGGUGGACAUCCUCGACCAGGCCGGCGCCAAGGGCACCUUCUUCUGGACCGGCACGCUCUACGGGUGCAUCUACAACCAAGCCGCGGCCGUCAAGAAGGCGUAUGCCUCGGGCCACCAGAUCGCGUCGCACACAUGGACGCACCCCUACCUGGGCCAGCUGAGCGAGUCGCAGAUCCGCACCGAGAUGACCAAGGUCGAGGACGCGCUCGUCAACCUGAUCGGCAAGAAGCCGGCGUACAUGCGGCCGCCGUACCUCGACACGAGCGGCGCGGUGCUGCCGACGCUGAAGGCGAUGGGCUACAAGGUCAUCACCGACGACAUCGACACGGGCGACUGGAACCAUAACACGCCGGCCCAGAGCGAGGCCCUGUUCACCCAGGCGGGGCCCGGCGGCAACGGCCACAUCCCGCUCAUGCACGAGGUCUACAACACGACCGUCCACGAGCUCACGCCCUGGCUGAUCAACUGGGCCAAGCAGAACAACCUAAAGCUGGUCACUGUUGCCGAGUGCCUCGGCGACGCUGGUGGCAUGUACCAACCGGGAAACUUCACGCCCAAUGGCCAGACCACUUGCUCGUGAAGCACGGGUGCAUCACAGUUCAUGUGGCUCGGCGAAACCACUUCUGCUUGCCAGGGACGCGUAUAGAGCGUUCUGGCUUCGCUGUACAUAUGUCUCCUGCACAUUGCAUAUCUGUACAUUCAU